GUCACCUUGUCAUCUGAUUCAGAAAAUGAGAGUGAUAGUGACUGCUUUGAAGAUAUUUUGAGGUCUGGAUUAUUUUAUCUUCAGAAUAGCUUCUGCUAUUGGCCAAAGCCAAAUCCUACCCACUCCAGAAUCCGGAGAGCUGAGAUUCCUGACAAAGAAGUCUGGGAUAGGCUGCCAAUUCGGGUUUUCAGGAAAACAUUGACUGAAGACUUUGACAAGGCCCUUCAAUAUGAAAAACAAGCUGAAAUGUUUUCGAGCCCAGAGGAAGAAGAAAUGUCAACCAAAUGGAGCCACAUCACCCCUGAACGUUAUAGAAACGAUGAGGAAGAUGUGUUUGAUGCUGACGACGAAGAGGAAAUUCGGCCAAAAAAGAAGAAAUUACAGAUCCUCAUCCAGGCACCCCCACUGCCAGUGCUCCCACCAUUGAACUUUCCAAACUCCAGCGAGUACCAGACCACUUCAGCCAGUACCAGCCAAUACUACACCAGUCCAAGGCAUCCAGGCCGACCUCACAGCCCAGCGAGAAGCAGCACUUACAGGCUCAGUCCAGACAGGAAUCAUGCAUCCAGCUCAAGCCAGUACCAAACCACUCCAGCCAGUACGAGUCAGUACCAGACCACUCCAAGAAGCAGCAGGAAUGCCCUUGAAAGUGAACUUUUCCAGUUAAACAUGAAAGUUCAAAAAAUAGUUGAGAAGCAGGGAGAACUGAUGCGCAUGCUGAGAGGGCUGGCAGCACAGUCUGUGGGGCCAGAAGCUGUGGAUGUUCAAGAUCUCAUUGAGAAGCCUUUCGAGACUCUUGAGCAGCUUAAGACCUUCUGUGAACAGCUCGACACUGAUCUUCUGCUCAGAAAGCAGCUGGUGAAAGCUCUUACUGCUCUUGGUGGGCAGAAUUUGGCAGACACGGUGAGGACAAUGCUGAGGAAAAUUGCCACAAACAAAGUCCUGGAGCAGCUUGGUCUCCGUGGAAAGACAGGCAAAGUGGCGUUUGAGGACUUGCCCUUUUACAGAAUAAUAAUAAAGGCAUGCAGGGGUGUUCACAAACAGACGACCACAGCUGAAGUAGAUUGUGAGCUUGGAGAGGUCCUGAAACUGGCCACUUUUCGAAAGGGAGGUUCAAAGUUUGAGGAGAAGAGGAGGAAUUAAGAGGAAGUGACGGCGAAGAAGGGCAAAGGGAAGUGUACAAAGGGAAGGGACAGUGAGAUGAGUGACCAGGAAGUGAAGAAGAAGAAAACAGGGAAAGGGAAAAGAACCAAGCAAACGCUAGUGAGACCAGUGAGCAUUGAGCAGGUAAACAAGGAGUAAAUGAUGCCAUGUUUUAAUUGAAUUCAAUUCAUCUGUUCUGCCACGGUUAUUAAGAUGACUUUAUUUAGUGUGUGUUUAUUUCCGAGUCAUUUCAGUUGGUUCUGUUAAGUGAGCUGUACCUUUAAGAAACACGCAGAUAGGUCACGUGUUUAGACUCCGGAAGUAUUUCAGACAGGUGCGCACAACUCCGCCUCAUUCCUCGUGUUUCUCAGCAAACUAUCACAUCUUAUGCUGUUCGUGGCAUCGUUGUUUCACCCUUGCAAUUGUCAAUAAACCUGGCCUCCAUCAGUCAACCUGGUGUUCAGAGUUUUGAUGAGCGGAAGGUGUUGAACUUACUGCCUUCGUGUACAAGUGUGCUUAAGGAAGGCAGGAUACCAUCUACAUUCCAGUGCUGUCUUUGUUGUAUUUGUGAAUAUCUAUAAUUAUUUACUUCCAGGAAGAGAACCAACAAGAAGGGGCAGGAGUACACUGACGCGCACGACCAAGACCACAGCAUUCCAUUUCUAUUCCAUCCAUCUUCUUCCGCUUAUCCGAGGUCGGGUCGCGGGGGCAGCAGCCUAAGCAGGGAAGCCCAGACUUCCCUCUCCCCAGCCACUUCGUCCAGCUCUUCCUGUGGGACCCCGAGGCGUUCCCAGGCCAGCCGGGAGACAUAGUCUUCCCAACGUGUCCUGGGUCUUCCCCGCGGCCUCCUACCGGUCGGACGUGCCCUAAACACCUCCCUAGGGAGGCGUUCAGGUGGCAUCCUAUAUAAAUCCAAGUUAUUAUUAUUAUUAUUAUCCUGACCAGAUGUAUUAUAAUUAUCACUAAUAAAGAAUUAUUGUUGAAUUUUCUGUUUGAGUGUCAGUCCUGACAAUAUAGCACAAAAACAGACGAAAAUAGCAUGUUCCUAAACAGUUCCCUAAACGUUCUUGCCAAACGUUCAUGGCUAACGUUCUGCUAACCAAGCAAGAACUCCACAACCUCACGUUCUUUGAACGUUACAAACUAACGUUCCCAUAACAAUGCCACUACGU